GGACCUUCGAACACGGCGACAGUGAUGGCGAAUGCGACAAUUUCUCCGCGCUCGACCGCUUCGACACUGCGAAAUCAUCCUUUCACCUGGACCUCAACCCACGAUUGUGCUGCCCUGCUUUCUCGCAGAGACGCUCGCUGACCUGUAUUUCGUCAUCGAGUUUUCGUUUGGCCGUGCUCUUCUCUCUCUUUUGUUCUCCAGCGCCAGCACUUUCGACCGACUAUUCGCACCCGGCACCGCAAUGCAUCCGCCUCACUACAACAUGCGACCAACAGACGACCUGCGUGACGUCUUUCAAUAAGACUUGACGCUGUCAAGGUCGCAUCCAGUUGUUCCGAACAUUUGCGCGGCAAAUGAAAUGCCUGACGAGCUCAAUGCAGCGUAAGGCACCAACUCGAAAUUCAGGGCCCCCGCUUCGCCAAAUUCGGGCAGUUGGACGAUGAUGCUCCGUCGGCCGUGCAUCUGCAAUGCGAGCAACUGGCCCAGUCUGCCACCACCACCACAUCCUCUCCUCACGACACCGCUACCCACCAUACCGACCACCCUCCUCGCCCCGUACAUUGGCCUCUGCGCAGACGGAACUAUCGUUAGCACGUUUUCUCGCGAGCCCAAACCCUCUCGCACGCCCACAAACCGAGCUUCUCUGCCGACGCGAUCAAUUUGCACAUUGCAACCCGCUGCUACUGACGACAGCUUCCGACCGGGUGUAGCAGGACAGAGGUCAUCGCUUGUCUAGGCUCAUCGUAGCGACAGAUCUCACACGCCGUCCCCGUGUGGGAUUUUCACUAUGCCGCCGUCGCCGCCGGCGCGGCGUAGCACACGAGGAGCACCACCCGCGGCACCAGCUUCGACGACGUCCUCAUCCCUCUCAUCGAACCGACAGGACCGCAAUGCGCGAGGAGGGCAUAAUCAGAAAUCCGCUACACCGCGUUCGUUGUCAUCGGAAGACAUCAGUGAGCCGCCGCGUCGCAGCCAGCGAUCGCAAGCUGCUCACAAAGAGGAAGAUGCUGGGAAGGCAGACGAGGCUAUCGAUGAUGCCGAUGAGGAAGCUGUGGACGAUGAAGAGAUAACACGAUGCAUAUGUGGUAUGCAAGAAUACCCGGGCCCACCACUCAGCGAAGCUUUUGCGGGCAUCCCAGACGCGCAAGCUGAGGACGCCGGCGAACUCUUCAUCCUCUGCGACGGCUGCACAGUGUGGCAGCAUGGAGGAUGCGUGGGUAUCGUGGCGGAGAACCUGACGCCCGAAAAGUACUUCUGCGAACAGUGCCGGCCAAAGCAGCAUGUGAUUGGGACAGACUCACGAGGGCAGAAAUAUUCUCUCUACGUGCCGCUCCAUCCUAAAGCUUCCCAGCGGAAAGGGUCAGUCAGCAAGUAUGACGACAAGGCCAGAAAAGAGCGCGAGAGUGCCGCUUCCAGAGCGAGCGUCGACCCAGCUACCGGCAAGCGACGUGCAACGAUGCGAAGCAAAGAGCACGAUGAUGAGGAGGAGCAGCUCCGUAUUGCGAUUGAAGAGAGCAAACGUGAACAGGCGGGGAAGAGUGGCAAUGGGCGGAGAAACGGCAAGCGUGGUCGUGACGACAGUAGUGAGGAAAGCAAGUCAGACAACAAGCGCCAGCGACGGUCAUCAGAGUCUGUGCCUUCAGCUGUCCGCGCCGCCGAGAUCGAAGACGAUUCCGACGACCAGACCGCCACGAGCAAGGGCAAGGUGAAAGGAGAUGGCUCGCUCUCCGCGCGUACGGCGGCACUUGAGAAAAAGGAGCAGGAAAAGGAACGUGCCAGAGCCGAAGCUGCAGGCAGAAGACAAGAACGUGCUCGCAGUCGGCGGGGCGAUGACCUCGAGCAAGCGGAAGACGCCGCAUCGAAGGCUGCCUCAAGUGCCAAGGCAUCUCCUCCAGCGCCCUCGUCCCAGCCUCCAUCCCCUCCGCCAGCCGAGAAAGCUUCCUACAAAAAAGGUCCGGGCAAGAAGCCAGGGAAGAAGCUUGGCAAUAAUCAGUAUACCAAAGCCAAAUUCGAACAGGCAGCAUCCUCGCCGCAUGGCCGAAAGAGGCAGCUGAACCAAGGCAGUGGAAGCGGCGACGAGGCCUCCGAGACCUUGGCAAAUGGGGAUGCCAAUGGCAAUAAGCACAGUCCAGGUGCUCCUGAAAACAUCCCAACAACAGGCAAGGGGAAGUUUGGUCGAGGCAAGAAAUCAGCGGCCAACGGCAACGGCGCGAAAGCGCAUGUCGAGCCGGUGGAGCGCACCAUUCCGAACAUGCAAGCUACACUCGCCAAUAUGAGUGCUUACGUGGAAGGGCACAAGACCGAAACGGAACAAAUGCACCUGGCAGCCUUGAACAUGGCCGGUGGUGGUGAGGAUGUUUCGCAAAGUACUGAAAUAAGCUUGCUAAUGUUGGGAGGCGCAGUGCAAGCGCCUUCGGGUGACGGGGAGACGCCACAGCAACUUGAACGCACGACUAGUGGAGAAAAGAGCGCAUAUGAGGAGGGUCAGGACUUUUUGCGCAAUGUACAGGCGUGGUAUAGCAAGUAUGGGCAUUUGGCGGGUGUCGGUCUGAAUGCUCCGGCGGCGCCUUCUUCAUGACAUGAGAUGAGCCGGUUCGAAGACUGGGCAUGCAUGGGCAUUGUUUGAGCGUACAUGCGCUGAGAGGGACUUUUUCGAUUCGUGGCACGGAAGUGGAAUGUUAAUACUGAUGUCAGCUUUUUUUGAGGCUUGAAAUGAAAGUCGCCUCUACCAGGGACAAUGGGACGGGCGAGGUGUGCAUGGUCAGGCGUUUGCACAUAUGGUGGCAUUGCAUUGUUGUUGUUCUGGAAAUGUUUAGCUACUGAGACGUGUUGAUAGAGAGCGAUAUGCAUAUGCUCUUCGAUCGGGUUCUUAUGGUGAAGGGUCAAGUGAGAAGUGGGAAGUGGGAA